GUCAACUAACAGUUGCUUAUUUGCCUAUAAAGUCUUUAAUAAUUAGUCUGUGUUUGUGAUUUGCUAUAUGAAGGCGUUGUCUAUUUAUCAAUUUGCUGCCUAAAAAUAUAUUAUAAAAAUACAAAACAGUUUACACCUGUGAUAAAAUAGUAUGUAAGAUUAUAUAAAUUUAUCCCGUAUUAUUAUAGAAAAAAAUGUCGCUUAACUCGGUAGCGGAAGAGUACUUUAGUACGAUGAACCCGAUCGCAACUAAAAUUCAUGAAGAUAUUGUAGAAACACGGAAUACCUUUGAGCAUAUUUGGAAUACGCUUUCGGAAAAAGAAAAGUCGGAAAUAAUCAACGAGUCGAUUAUAAAACCGGAUAUAGCACUCAAGUACGCUCUAUUAGACAGUUUAGAUUUCGAUAUAAAUGAUCCACCAGUUCAUAAGGAUGACCUUAUGUCUUUCUUCGGACGCGAUCACGCACAGAAAGUAGUACAGGAUGAAAACGGGUCCUACAGGGACGAAUACUCGGCACCAUUUCUUUACCAGACGAAGAGUCAGCUAAAUCUCUGUAUAGAGAGUCGAAAAUCGAAGGAAGAGCCCCCCUCACCACCUGUUAUGUCGGAAUUGGUAAUAUCGCAUUCCAAAGUGGUAAAUGAAUUAAAGAACGCGUUGAAGAAUCAUGAAGUAUCGAGAUAUAAAGACUCGAAUAGGGAGAUCGUAUCUCCUACCAGCUUUAUUACGAAGUUUAUUGGAAAUUUCAAAGGGAAAGAUGAAGAAAAAGAGUGCUUGGUUGAAAAUAAUCAAACGCAGAUUGUAGAUUUUAGGAAUUAUAAGAGUCAAGACAAUUAUAGAGGCAGUAUUGCUAAGUCUAAUGGCGAUCUCUCAGAAGAAAACCGCGGUCUUCUGUCAAGCCAGGCAUCGUCAAACACGGACUUCCAUUCGACUGAAACACUGACAGACUCUACAGUGCCAAAGACAGGUUUCGACUUUUUGGAUAAUUGGUAAAAUUAACAAAAAUCCUGUUCUGGAAUAUUACUCACUAAGUUUAUAUUGAAGUAGUAAUGUAUGGUAUAUAUUUAUUAUAUAGACGCGAAAUAAUAAUAAGCCCGUUAGCUUUUAGGUCAAUUUAAAUAUGUUUGAACUAGACCUCACUGAAUGUACCAAAACCGAUAUCUGCGGCCUUAUUAUAAAACUUGGGCUAGAGAUUGUUACCAUGGUUACAAUUUUUAUAUGGUUAAAAUAUCGUAAUGGAAACAAGUACCGUUCGAUAGUCCACGUUUUAUAAUAAUAGUCUAUGGAAUAAUUUGCAAUUGUCAAAAAAUAUACAUAUUUAUUUAGUUAUUAACACUUCUUUGCACACAUAAUUAGGUGUGUGUUGGAAUAAUUUUUAAAAGCAACAUGUCCUACGGACAUGGAUAAUAUAAAUUAAAUUAAGAAUUAUUUAUUUAGCAAAAGAUGCUGGAAUCUCUAAAAUCUACCACUCACAUUGCCAAAACGUCAGCAGGAAUAACAUAUAUUUAAAUUGUUGAUGGAAUAGUGUAUUGGGAACUAAAAAACGGAAGGUUGAACUUACGUGCCGUUUUAGCUGUUAGCAUUUCAAUUACUACCUUUACAUCUCGUCUUAAGCUAAACUUUUAAUAAUAUUCUUAAAGCACCCUAAGCAGAUACUAUACGGAUAAAUCCUAUAAGUUUAUUAUUUAUUUAUUUAUUAUUAAAGAGGCACUUUUAAAAGUCAAUAUUACAAAAAAUUACUCUAGUUGCCCCUUCCUCAAGGUUCAAAACCUCUAUACUUAAAAUAAACUUUUUCGUUUCUAUAACUCUACAAUUGGUAAGUUUUUUUCAUAUAGAUUUCAUAUUGCGUUACAUUAUAUAAAGUCUCUAUUGAAGAUCUCAAUUAUUAUCAUCAUAGUUAUAUAUUGCGUAAGUGGCAGGCCAUGGGCAGUCCUAUACUUUGUAUUCUUAGACAUGAAUCUUUAUUCAUAAUACAAUGAACAUAGCGGCAUAAACAUUUGCACAAUAUUUUCUUAUAGAAAAGACGUGUUCUGCGCCAAAACCUAACCUCCAAUUUUUACUAGAUAUAAAGGCCGAUUUACAUCUUAGUGUUUAGGAGAGUGCUUUAGUACAACUUGAAAGGCAAGUUCUUUAGCGUAGCGUUUACUAAAGCAAGUAGCGUUUACAUGUUUCAACUAAAGUACUAUCCUAAAGCACUCUCCUAAACACUAAGAUAAUGUAAAUCGGCCUUAAGUGUGGGAAAUUUAGUGUGUAGUAACUCAUACUACGGCAUAUUUAUAGAAAUUAUUCUUUAAACACCAUUGAGAUUAUUGUUUACGCUUGACUAUAGAUAUUUUUUGGGUUUUUUUUUUAAUUUAAAUUGUCAUCUUUAGUCAAGUACAGUUUAAAAUAAACACUUUCAUUC